CGGUCGGAAGGGUGGCGAAGAAGCUGUGGACACGACACGAACAACCGACCACCAGUUCGUUUGUGGCGAACGAAUCCGCCAUGACGGUGGACGGUUAAAAGCGGGACGCAGUGCGCGUAAUUGAAUCACAUCGAGCGAAUUAAGCUGGUGCACGGCAGCAUCGUCGGAUCGCGAUCGUGUGUGUACUUGGUCCUAGCGUGAUCAGCGGAAGAUCAGCAUGCUGCUACCGGUGCUGUUUGUUUGUGUUACCGUUUUGGGGCGUCAUGUUGGUGCGAACGGCUUCAACUACAACCAGUAUCCUCAGGCACAGGUGAACGCCUGGACGCAGGCGUGCCGUAGCUUCCAGGCUCAAGCCUUUGCCACCCAGGCCCAACAGAAUCAGUUCUUCACGAACAUGUUCCCGCAGGUGCAGCUGCCACCGCUACCGUUCACGGACCUGUGCUCGCAGUCCGGGUUUGCGGCGGCCGGUGCCGGUGCUAGUGCCGGUGCGUUUAGCCACGGUGGAGCUGGUGGUGGUGUAACUUCGUUUAACAAUCGUUUCGGUGGCAAUGAUGCUGGUGGGUAUGGUGGAAGUGGUGGCGUGCAGGGUGUUAGUAUUAGUAGCAGUUCGAACGGAUUCGGCCAGGGAGGUACGACGGUGACGCACUUCGGAAAUGGUGGUGCAUCUUCCAACUACAUCCCACACAACCAGCAUGGUGGUGGCGGAAUCUCGACGGCGAAUCGCUUUGGAGGUGGAAGCUCCGGACAGGGUGUGAGUGUUUCGUCCUUUGGCACGAGCAAUGGCGGAGGAUAUGCAACGGCCAACCGUUUCGGUGGUUCCGGUAGUGGAGGAGGUACCACACACUACGUUUCGAACAACGGUGGAUCGGUUAGCUCGUAUGGACCGAAUGGAGGAAGCUUUGCAUCGUCAACUCGUUUCGGUGGGUCUGGCGGUGGUGCUGGUAGCAACUACGGAAGCGGUGGAUACGGAGGUGGAAGUUAUGGCGGUGGGAAUGGUGUGGCCGUAGGCGCUAGCGUAUCGUCCACGAGCCUUGGCAAUGGUGGAGGAUCGGUGCAGACGAGCGUUUACAAGCAGCACUACUAAAGUACGAUCGUCACACACACACCUGGCCGGUGACGAGAUGCUCGAAGCUGUGAUCUGAUCACGUCCAUUAGUGUUAGUAAUCGAUAGUACAUUGUCAGUUCGUCACUGUUCUCAUUGAACCAUCCUUAUCUGUAGCCGGUCCAUUCGAGGUGGUCUGGUGCAGGGUAUUAAAAAUAAAACUGCUUCGUAUUGGCAACUGA